GUUCUGUAGAAUAGCUGUCAAAAUGACAACUCCAAAAUGAUGCGAAUUUUGGAAUCAUGACUUAAGUCUUCACCAAAAUUAAAGCUUUAUACAUAUCCAGCUUUGUUUCAUAUUUGAAGAUGAUGCCUUUAAAAUCAGUAUGGAAAACUCUAGUAUCAAAUGAUCAGAGCAAACCUCCUGCAAGAAAUGAAAAGUCAAUGGUUGUUGAUUCAUUGAUGUCAGAACUUGAUUACAAUAUUAAGGAACUAGAGAAAGUAAGAAUCGACAAAGAACAAGAAGAAACACGAAAAAAGACUGGUGUAGACUAUAGUUGGUUGAUAACUACACAUCCAAAAGGAUAUGCAAUUCCUCAAUUACAACGUUUAGAACUGGAGGAAUUAUUUUAUCAAGUAAAACCAGAGGAAUGUGGGAACAUUUUAGCUUUGUUUAGAGAUUCACUUUUAAAUGAACCUCAAUCAUGUGAACUUCCGUCCAUAUUAAGAGCUUGUGUCCAACAAAUUCUACAACAAAGGCCUAAGGAACAGUCACUUACAGAAUGGGUUACACAGAGAACUAUGAGUUUAACCAGUUUAAAAGGUCGUCAUUCUGCUCAGGUGGUGCCAUCUGGUGAUGCUAGAGAUCCAGAGGAUGUUCAAGAUAUACAACUAUCAGAAGAUGCACAAAAUGGUAGAAUAAUUCAAGUUGUUCCAAUGUUUACAUCAGAUGUAGAAAGUUUGCCUGUUUAGAAUACAGCUUAAGAAAUGUUAUACUACUAGUUGUUGUUUACAUGCAUUGAUCGUUGUCUCAUUUACUCAAUGUCUCUGAUAUUAUAGUUUAUUGAUGUUCAUAUACACAGUAUUCUCUAGUCACUGUCACUGGCAGGCCAAUUGCCCAGGAUAGAUGAAAGUCAAAUUAGUAAAACAAAAUUCUAAAUCUAUAAUUCAGAUUUUAAAAUUUAAAACUUGACAAACAAUGUAGUUCGGGCAGUUUAAUAAAGAAAUAACAUGAAUAAAGAAAACUGUGAAAAAAAUUUAGAAUUUUGAAGUGAAUGUUAAACCCUGACUUAAAUCUUGUCAUAAAAAAGUGAAAUUUACUCUAAUGCUAUACUUUUUAUCAACAAAAUAAAGAUCUUAUUAGAAAAUUAGCGGAUGAUACAUGUAGAUGCAUAAUUGAAAGGUUCUGAAUAAAAAUGUCCUGCCAUUUAUAUUAUAAAGUCAAAUUUGUUUUGGUCAAAAAUUGAUGAUUUAUUUUGUGCAUAAUACAUAUAUUUUUGUUAUUGUGUGUUGUACAUUCCAUGAGAGCUAUGCUGUGUUCAUUAUUGUUGUACAGAUGUACAAUCAUAUUUUUCAAAGUCCCUAAUAUUGAGAUAUUGUAUAUUAUAUACAUGUAGGAAUUUAGUUCAUUGUCCAUUUUAUCUUCCUUGCUAAAUCUAGAUUAAAUGAAACUCUUUGUUUGGAUGCCUGUACAUUGUUACAAUGUAUAUUUGUUUAGAUUACAUGUAGAGAUUUCAAAGAACAGCAGUGUUUGAAAUACAUGAUCAAUAUAAAUGAGUGUCUCAAGCUCUUACUAGGAAAAGAAAAUGUAACGUUUUGUUCAUUGUAUGUUUUUACCAGUUAAAAUUAAUUUUUCAUUCAUUAUGAUUUGUCAUAUAUGCAAAUUUACCUAACUAACCAAAUAUAUUACAAAACACACACUGUGUUGUAUGGUCCCUUUUUUUUUUUUUACAAGUUUUUGUUAUUUUUUGAAAAUGUAUUUUUUAAUUUGUUAAUUAAUUUAUUUCAUCACUUAUUUAUUAUGCCGAUGAUUUGUAUUAUUGAUCCUUCUCUUGUUAACAUUCUUAAAUCAUGUUUGAUAUUUUAUUCUGUCCAGUGAUCAUGAUAACCUGUAAAAAAAGCAGCUGCAAACUCAUUUUGAUAUUAUAUAUUAGCAAAUCCAUUUAUUGUUUUACAGCAAACAGGGUAACAGAAGCAAAUCCAAUAUUUGAUAUGGGUUGGGAUGUUGGGGAGAUGGGGAUGGGGCGCUUCUGAGAAUAAUAUUUAAGGAGUUAGCUAUAUAGAGGAGCAUUCAAAAUGUACACUGUAAAUAGAUGAUGUGAAUUAGAGAAUAACAGUUCUGUAGUUGUAGAGUUGCCACCAUCAAUUGGCGAUUUGAAAGUUGCAAAUGCAAUUUUACUGGUGAUACUUAGCGGAGACAGUAAAACAGAUAAUUGCAACUGUCAAAUCAAAAUUGACGACGGCAACUCUUCAACUACAGUCCUGUAUUCUGAUUCUAAUGCAUUACAAAAAGAAAUAAUAUGUUAAAGCUUGGAAAAAUGUACAAAUUUGAAAUAAAAUAAAAUCCGCAAAAUUUCAUGAAUGAUGUUGGCACAUAGAUGCCAUCGCUAAACGUGAGGUCAUACAAAUGAAAACUUAAAAACUGCAGGUUGAUAUGUUACUUCUAUGAUUCAAAUUUGGUUAAAUCAUAUUAAAACAGCGUAUUUAGGUAGGUGUUGUUAUAUUUUCGAUGAAAUUGUAGUAAAUCAUUUGUUGAUCCUAGCAAUUCAAAAUGGUGGGUCACUCCUUAUAUAAUUUAUAGUUAUGAUACGACAUGUCAACUGUGGAUUUGAUGGUAACUUUUAUCCAAUGAGAAAAAUUGUUAAAAAAAAUAGAUUUUGAAUGAAUUGUCAGUUUUGUCAGUCAAAUUAAGCAGAAUUGUAUUUGAAGAUUUGGGUAAGCAGUUGGCAAUUUUAUGAUAAAAAUUUGAUUUUACUUGUUACAUAUUAGUCGGGACAGUAAUUGGAUAGUUGCCACCAUCAAAUAAAAAAAUAGAUGCCUGCAAUCUCAAAAUACAAUGCUGCAGUAUCACCAAAUAAUGCAACUGAAAGAAAACACAACUAAAUCAUACAUUUUUGAAAUCAGUCAUACAAUAUCUCCACUUGCACGAACGAUUUCUUAUCAAUCAUGGAUUUGAUGCUCUGAAAUUUGUAGCAUUUUACAAGCAAAAUGAAAAAUUAAAAAAACAAUGUUUGUAACUUCCUUGUAUGCUUCAGCACUGGCAGUUAGUUAUUGCAAUUGCAAAUGUACAUGCAAUUUGAUAAUAGUAACAGUGGAAUAGGAUCCUUAUUUUGUCUCCCGGUAUUAAAAAAAAUCAGUUGGUUCAAAAUUAUGGAUAUAAUAUAUAUAACUGUAUGUUACAUGUAAAUAUGCCAACUUAACAAAUCUGAUUGGGUAAAAAAUAUUGUUGAAUUUAUGCUUGCCUUCUCAAGACAGAUAUAUAUCACUUGAAUACCAAAAAAACUGCUUCAAUCAGCAAAGUUGAGAGUAUUUAUAAAAGAUUUAACUAUGAUCCCAAGUACAUAGAUAACAAUAUUUGUUGAUACAUUAGUUGAACCGAAGAAUCUUUACAGUAUUUAAAAUUUUUGGUGGUUUGCAGUCUUCCUCAUAUUUAACUUAGGUAAAAUCCAACUGAAACCUUAAAAACCAUUUUCAUCUUUUUUCAUUAAAUAUUGAAAUUUUAGGCUUCUUCCUCUAGACAUGACAGUAAGUUUAGUUUUCUGGAAUAUGAAUAUUUUAGAAGAAAACAAAAACAUUUUUUUGAAUCUAACAAUUUGUAGUUAAAAGAUUGGGACAAAACAGGUUCUAAUCACACCCUCUCCCUUGCUAUUUAUAGAUGUACAUGAUAUAAAUGUUUUAAUUAAUUUGUUCUUUUCUCAGGUUAAGUUAAGUUGUUAGUCAAAAGAUUUUUUAAAACAUACUACACAAUUUGUUCCACUAUACUUGCAUAUUUUACAAAAGCUAGUCAAAAUGUUAUAUUGCUUGAUAUAUUGUCUCAUUUGUGCUUUAAUAUGAAUAAUUGAUUUUUUGGCAUGCUGUCUCAUAACAUCCAUUUAUUCCAGUUUUAUAUAAGAACUCAAGUCUGCAUCCUUUUGUGAGAAGUCUUGCUACAGUGAAUUUUUAUUUAUUUUAAUUAUAGUUGCAUUAUUGUUUAUGCAUUUUCAACAAUAGGUAAAUUUGAGGCUCAUGUUUGGCAGUCAUAUCUCAGUAACUGGAAAUUAAUAUGUUGUUGAAAGUUUAAGCAGGUACUACAUGUAAGUGGGUUGGAUGUAUUUGGGGUCACAACCAUAACAAUUUUUAAAGUAUUUUAUGCCAAAAAAAAGGUUGUUUCCUGAGUUUAGAGUGUUUCACGUCUGAUAUGCCCUGCCUAAAUCUGCCCCUGUCAAAUUUUCUGGUAAGGUGUGCAUAUGACCUGAUAUUAGGAUACAUCAAGGGAGAAUGACACCCACUGAUUAAAAGUGAAAUUUACUCAUGCAUCUUUUGGUGAACAGCAGAUUCCAAGAAAAAUUAGGUAACUCUUACUUAUACCUAAGGUCAUCUAUAUCUUCAUGUUUAAAAGGACUCAUUAAAGACAUCAUUACAACCUCAAACCAAAACAUCACUCUGAUUGGUAUUUUCCUUUUAACACCAUUAUUAAUUUCACAAGAACAUUGUGAGACCUUACACCCUUAUAUCAGAAAAAAUCUUUUAUUGAAGAGACAAUUGUAGGAAUUAUUAGGGGUCAUCAUCCCCCUUAACCCCAAAUCUUGGAUACGCACCUGGUUUCAACUUUUCUUACCAUUGAUAAGUUAAAUACUCUCUCAUAACAUAACCUUGUAGUUCAUCAAAAUUUCUGUUUAAAAUUUUCUGCCAGCAGGUGCCAGUCUUAGACAUAUAUCUGUGUUAAAUGUAUUAUUUUAUGUUUACAUUUAUAAUUGUAGUAAAAAUAUGUUAAACAGCAUUUUAAUUGGGAAAUUUGAUAGCUCCAUGUUGUUCUGAAUUUUUAUUUUAUUUAGUAUUUUCAAUAAAAUUUGUUGCACCGUU